CUUUAGGGAGUUUAAGUUUUGGGAUUUUGGAUGGAUCAAAAUCCGGUGGGUAGUAUUUCUGUGGAGGACAAAACACAGAUAUCUUGUCUUGGAGGAGAUCGUGAUCAACACAGUGGAGGAAAGGGAGGAGACCUCCAAACCCUCCGCACGUCCAGGGAGCCUCCGCAGACCUACUUUUCUCCACCCGCCGAAGAGAAGGACUCCGCCUGCCUGUGUUUCAGCACCAUGGUCAGCGCUCGGGCUCUCCUCCUCGCGGCCACCUACUGCUGCGCCUACCUGUGGCUCGCUCGUGCAGAAGACUCCUCACUGGAGACACGCUCGUUGGAUUUCCCCCUGAAAACUCAACAGGAGAAAGAACUGAUUGACGCUUUGCAAGAAGUUUUGGAGAAGCUGAGGAGCAAAGAGAUGCCCUUAGAGAAAAAGCUUGGCUGGCUGCCUUCGUGUGACGCAGGGGAGCCGUGCGCCGUGCGUAAAGGCGCGCGUAUCGGCACGCUGUGCAGCUGUCCCCGGGGGACUUCCUGUAACUUUUAUGUUCUCAAAUGUUUGUGAAGGAAGAAGAUAACAGAAAUGCAAGAAAACACAGGAGAGAGUUCAGGAGGUUUGGAGUGACAAAAUCACUUGUCAUUCUCUUUGUGACAAAAAUAAAAACGCCAUGUAAUAUGUGAUUAAUAAAGGACGCUUUUCUUUCAUAAACUUGGACUGGAAAAUGUUAGAAUAUAGGUUUUAAUUAGAUUUGAAGGUCUGUGUGCAUCUGUCUCUCUUUGUCAGUGUUUAUGAUGGUGGCAGGGGGAAGUUAUUUGUGUGGGAUUGUGGCAUCUUGUGACAGACUUUGAAUGUAGCUUUUGUCAUAAAUCCUUGUAUUUCCAUAUUAUUUUGUUUGUGUUUUUGUUUGUUGUUGUUCUUGUUAUAGGGGGGAGAUAGUAAAGCAUCUGUUUCUAAACACAUUUGUAAGAUUAGGAGAUCAAUAAAUCAACUAAAUUAUA